ACCGAUGCCUUCUUAUUAUUGCGGAACAAUGCGAUCCAAAACCGGCAGAUUUUGGCUGAGCAAGUGAGUACAUACGACCCCCGUCGUGCUCUGAAUACACGUAGCAAUGCUGCGGUGAGUCUAACGUUAAUUGUCUGAAUUGAUUGUUUUCGCGUGUGUGGUUUUCAGCUAGCUAGUGCACCAUAGCUAGGGAUGUUUGUUGGUGUAAACUGGCGCUGUCAGUUGAUUCAACAAGCCUCGGCUGUUUCCUGUUCGCUCAAUGAACAGCUAGCAAGUGCACGAGAUCCGGCUAGCUGUUCAUACGUUUGUUUACAUUCUCCUGGGUUUUGGUUUACUUCAACAUUACAUAGUUGAAUGAAAUGACUCAAAUUCAUUGCAAGCAUGUCUUGUGGUGGUUGUGGAGAUAAUUUACUGAAGCUGUCUACCAUGAGGAUGAGAUGAUUUGAUAGGAGGAUCAUGGGUUGAGUGACCAGGCAUAGUCAUAUUGAAAUGCAUAUAUUUUAUUUGUAUUGAGACUUUACAUCUAUAUUGUGUUACAUUCUUUAAAGGAAUGUGUGAGGUUUAGAUGCUGUAUACAACAAGUUUAACUGUACAAUAAAUCCUCAGUGGAAAGCAUUCAGUUUUGUCUUCCUUAGAUGUUUUCCACAGAUAAUGUAUUCUUCACAUAUUUCUGCCUCUUUGAUGUUGGUGGGCGGUCUGGUAUCGAGCAUGGCUUAGAAUAGUCCAUGUCAUAAACCUUAGCUUUGUAGGGGCAGGUUUUCUACCCCGAUUAUGCUUUUCAAUGCAAUAUUUAAUGAAGUGUAAAUAAUGUAUGUUGUGUAAGAACGUUACCACCACAGACGUCAUUUAAAUCAUAUGUCAAUAAUGUCAUGCCUGCUUGUUUGUUUGUUAGUGGCUAUAAUCUUUCUUUCUUUUUUACGUUUUUGCAUGUUGAUUUUUUGGUUUGCUUGCACUUCUUGGUUCUGGCUAAACAUUGCCUUGCAAACCCAUGAAAGGUUUCCUCUGUUCCUGUAUACAGGUGUCUUUGAAUUUGGUUUAGAAAGGAAUUUAUCUUCCAGAUUAAUCUCUCAUUAGACCUUAUAGAUUUAGAAACAACAGAAAGAGCUGCAUUUUUCCAAAACUGUUAACUUGCUUGGUGAUUUUUUCAAUAAGUAGACUCAUGUAACAAGUAACACAAUUAUUAAGUACGAUUGAGAAUUUGUUUUUGGGCUGGAAUAGACAAAUUUAACACGCCUAAUACAACGUAUUACAAAGUGAUGUUGCACGAUUUUGGUACACAGCAACAUAAAAAAAUGUGUGAUAUAAUAAAAAGUUUGGAUUGGCAUAUCACUAACGUUUAUUGAAUGUUAUGCCACUGAAUAUCAGAUGUCCAGUCCAGCCCAAAACCUGCUGUCUGUCAUUUUGAUGCUGAUCACUGCUUUUUGUCUUGGGCUUAUCUGCUCUCACUCCUCAUGGGAUGGGACUUCGCUGGGCUCUUCCAAUCACAUUAGGAGUUUGAUGAGCUGGCUGAUGACCGUAUGGCCCUGGUGUCUGGCAUUAGUUUGGACCCAGAAGCUGCUAUUGGUGUCACAAAAAGACUUUCUCCGAAGUGGGUGGAGGGAGUGGAUGAGAUUCAGUAUGAAAUCACACGUAUCCGUCACAAGAUGAAGGACCUUGCCAGUCUGCACGACAAACACAUGAACCGCCCCACGCUGGACGACAGCAGCGAGGAAGAACAUGCUAUAGAGAUCACCACACAGGAAAUUACACAGAUGUUUCACAGGUGCCAGCGAGCUGUUACAGGACUGCAGACUAAGAGCCAUCACUGUACAGAGCAAGAAAGGAGAUUGUUGACCAAUGUGGUCUCCUCAUUGGCUCAAAGCCUUCAAGAUCUUUCAACUAACUUCAGACACACACAGUCAAGCUACUUGAAACGUAUGAAAAACCGUGAGGAAAGAUCCAAGCACUUUUUUGACUCUGGUCCUCUUGUGGAGGAAGAUGAAGAUAUUGCACUAUAUGACAGAGGUUUUACAGACGAUCAGCUGGUGCUGGCUCAGCAGAACACUGUGAUGGUAGAAGAGCGAGAGAGAGAGAUUCAACAGAUUGUUCAGUCCAUCUCAGAUCUUAAUGAGAUAUUUAGAGAUCUUGCUGGAAUGGUUGUUGAACAGGGCACGGUCCUUGACAGAAUUGACUUUAAUGUGGAGCAGGCUUGUGUUAAAACAGAUGAGGGGCUUCAGCAGUUACAAAAGGCUGAACAGUACCAGAAGAAAAACCGCAAGAUGCUGGUCAUUUUAAUUCUCUUCGUCAUAAUUGUUGUUCUAAUACUUGUUCUGUUCGGGACAAAGUUUAGCUGAAUCAUUCCAUGGCCUCUAGGAGGGAUCUACCUGUAUUUAUGAAAGUAAACAGAUGUAUUUCUAUGUGUGUGUGUGUGCGUGCGUGCGUGCGUUAACUGGACCAUUGUUUGAGAGUGGAAUAUUUGUCCAACAGAGCUGCUUUUGUCAUCCAAUACUACAAUUUGAUAGGUAGCGCCCUCUGGAGGAUGAGUUGUGGGUUGCCUGUAAUAAGGUUGUGUGUCUCCUAAACGGUUAGUGCGGGAAGUUUGCUGAUAGUGAGUGGCAUUGUCCAUUCUCAGGUUCCUUGUAGUUGUCUUCAAAGGGUCAUUUUUCUCAACACAAGCACAGCACUUCAAUAGGAGUGUGAAUGCAAGAUGGCCACCCUUGUUAUCUUCUUUUUAAAUCAAAUGGGAUAGUCAUAUUAACUUGAAUCUCCUAAGGCUUGUCAGGUACAAAUUUAGCUCACAUUUCACUUCAAAUUCGAAAGAAAUAAUUUCAGUUGGUGAUUCGGUAAUGCCCCUCCAAAAAUUCAUUCUCGUUACUGUAAUGAAAUUUUUACCCUGUGGUAGUUCAUGUUUUACUGCUUUUAAUGUAUGCUGAUUUAAAUAAAAUCAAGUGUAUUACAGUAUUUUUACAAUGCUAGCAGUUUUUACUUUAUCCUGUAUUAGUAGUGACAGGAAUCACCAUUUAAAAUAUUAUUUACAAUAAAAGUUGCAGUCGACUAUAGUGAGACCCAGAUAUAAGGUUGCAGGCUGCCUUUGAACCGUACUGGUUGUUAGGUUUGAUUUUAUGUGUGUUUGGUGCAAGUCGGAUGAAGUCACAGACACCUUCCAUUUUGUGUAUUUGAGUUUGUCUUCACUCUUGUUUCUUGAGAGCCUCGACACUCCAAUCAAUCAUGGAGAAACUUCCACUCAUGGUUAUCAUGGUCUCGAAAAUUAUAGUAUUUUUAUGUGAUGACAUAUAAAGCAUUGGGUUUAUUAGAGAUAUUGAAUGGAAUGUUACAUUGUCCUUUUUUUCUGAAAUAUAACUGACCGUUAUCUCCUCGCUGAUGUCAGCAGAGGCCGAACGCACUGUUGUGUGUGUCAACAUGUGAAUAACAGUGUUGUCAUAAAUCUGUAUGUUUUCAGUCAUAGAAAGGAGUGAUUAUCAGUGAUUUGCUUCACUCUGUCCCUCGCCUUAAAGUGUAAAAUUAGUGUUUUUUUGUGCUUAUGUUUCAUUGACUGCUGUUCUCCGUAGCAAAUCUUUCAGUUUCACCUUUGAUCUUAUACUGAACUUGGACCUUCACUCUCUGAUCAAUGCUUAGACAGUCCCUAACAGUACAACUGUCUCAUUUACAAGAUAAAAUUAUUUAUUUUUGAUGCAAAUAUCUGUACAGAGUUAUGUGGUUGUCCUUUGGUAGAAAUGUCUUUUUUCUUUUUGUACAUUGUAAUGAUGAUUUUUUUGUCCUUUUCAAAAUCCUUUUCUGGUGUUUUUGUGAGGGGCAAUUGCAACACUACUGUGUUAUUUUAUGAAUUCAGAGCCAAUUUAUGAAGAUGGUGUUUUAGAAGGGGAGGCAUAUUUCAAAGUUGUUGAUGGAAAAAUAGCAACAUCUAAGGCUUGAACCCAUUCCAUGUGGUUUCCUCUUUUCUUGUCGGGCUUGGCAAUAUGCCCAGUGUGAAAAUUAAAUAAUUUUCUGCCUCCAUGGUACUACUGUAUGCUAUCUGAACCUUGACCUUCUGUAACAGCUGAACAGGUUUUUAUUUAAAUAAAACAUAUAUAAAUGUC